AUGCAGAGAAAAAAUUUAUUCAAAGUUUUGCUUAUCUGUGUUUGCCUAACCUCGUUCAAUGGGCCUUGCACAGUGGAAGCUGCCUUUAGCUGUGACUCAACCAAAUGUUUACCACCAAAUUGUUUUUGCCCUUCUAUUAACCCUCCUGGUGGAUUGGCUCUGAAUCAGACGCCAAUGUUCUUUACUUUUACUUUUGAUGACUCGAUUCAGAACAGUACUCUAACUGUCGUGGAAACCUUACUCGGAAAUCGAAAAAAUCCAAACGGAUGUCCAAUUAAGGGUACAUACUAUGUUAGUACACAAUAUACUGAUUAUUCGUUGGUCACCCGAUGGUAUUCCUCCGGACACGAAGUGGCCGACCACACAAUGACCCACGUCGCGAUACCACCAGAAGAUGAAAUAAUAGGGAAUAAGAAAGCUCUCAACUCUUUUGCUGGUAUCCCAAACGGAAAAAUGUUGGGUUUUCGUACACCAUUCCUUAAUUACACUCCCGAAACGUUUAACUACCUGGCUGAACAGGGUUUUCUGUAUGAUUCGUCAGUUACCUCGGUGGGUAGUGAUGACUCUUGGCCUUAUACUCUGGACAACGGACUUUUUCAUGAUUGUGAUAAAGGAUUCUGUAAUGCAACAACGAAACACCCUGGCAUGUUCGAAAUUCCCAUGUCGUCUAUUCUGGAUUCUUCUGGUGUAUCUCAUUUGAUGGACCCUUAUCUCGAUGGCGAACCAAAUGUAGUUGAAAAAUGGUUAAAGGAUAACUUUAAUCGUCACCUUAACGAGGGGAAAGUUCCCUUCGGCCUCUACAUUCACCCAGUCCAACUUACCGCCAUUACCGGUCGUCCCGACCCCGCUCCGCGUAUCAAAAUGCUUCAGGAUUUCUUGGAUUGGGCCAUCGCACAACCCAACGUCUGGUUCGUCACUUCACAGCAGCUCAUCGCUUGGAUGAAAAAUCCCGUUCCUGUCAGCCAAUUGAACACCUACGAACCUUUUCAAUGUAAAAUCCCUAAGGUUGGUACUGAAAUCUGUAACGGUCUUGAUGAUACUGGCAGUGGAAAAAUCGACGCCGGUUUAACUGAGAGUUGCAAUUUCAAUACUGAAAUAUGGAGCACAUGUUACGGAUGUCCCAGCGCCAAACCCUCACCGGCAAAUCCUGUACCGUCCGGUGGUAACAGAUUUCGUGUUCCCACCACGUGCGACACCGCUUGGUGGGAUCCAAUAAAAGGUGUAUGCAUGUGUAAAGAUGCAACGUGUUCGUAUACCGACUUAAGUCAGAUUCCCUCAACCAAUACAAAUAAUACACCAUCUUCGACCUCCAGCGGAGGUACUAGUGUGACGGGGGGUUCAGUGAAAAACUCGGGAGUCAUGAAAAUGAUUAACCCAGGAUUUAGUGCAGUGUUAACGGUGGUUAUUUCGUGGAUACUGUUGUUUUGA